UUCUGUCGACAGAGAAACAAUCGCCACAGCAUGGGGAACUGCUGUGAUUGCUUCGGGAAAAAUGACGGAACGGGCAGCUAUCUACAUUCCCCGAGAGGUGGUAGCGGAGGAGGGCAACGACUAGGGACCGCGGCGGAGCACCAGCAAGAGAGACAAAGAAGGGCAGACGAGGCAGCGGCAGCGCGAGCGGCAGUACAAGACGAGCCGGAGCGAAUAUUUGAUCACAAUUUGACGGACUCCGAGCGGCAGCGGCAGAGAGAACUGAGAGCACAGGCAGUCGAGAAACGAUCGCAGCCGAAGAAACCGAAGGCACCAGCGUCAAGCCAAGAGUUCCGCAACCCCAACAACGACCCGAACAUGUUGCAGUGGUCUGUGUGAUUCGGGUGGCUUCUGCUGCUGCAAGAGCGCGCGGCGGGCGACGAUAAGGGUUUACGGAGGGACGCCCCCCCUCCUUACUCGCGCUUGGUGUAAUGAAUGGUGGCCCGGUCGGCGAAAGCCAAACAACCGUGACUCGAGUAACCCUCGCCUGCGGAAUGCGCGGUGUUGAGUGUACUCGAUUCCUUUCUCCGUGUUGCUUCGUCCUUCUGUUCUGUAGACUGGGGGCGAAGCUGUGAUACGGAACGCGGUAGAUCAGUACGAAAUACUUGCAUGUUUUCUGGGCUGCGGGAGACACGUCGUGCAAGGGUCUCGACGGUUCUUCGUUUUUUUUCUCUUAUUUUGUUUGGGAAUGUCUCCCUAGAACCCUUUUGAUUGGCAAUGAACGCCAAGGGGCGAUCGACCACGCUAACCCCGCUCUGACCUAGAAAAGGUCUACGUGUAUAUAAAUCAAGUCUAUCUAUCGUGGUGGUGGUCGGGGGGAGGGGGGUUGCCUUUUGUUCUUGCUGGAAUAGUGAGACGUUUUUAUUGCGGAUCGUCAAACGGGGCUGGUUCCUCUUUACAUUGGAGAUUUUUCUGCCUUGUAUGGAUUUGGCGUGGCGCGCCCACCCAAAACUGUUCCUGCUACACCCGCAGAAAUGUCCGUGCGUGUGCAAUUUAGUAGCUACAUUUGACUCGGAAGGUGGUGUCGUGGACACAGCUUUGGGCACUCACCGCAUCGUGGCUCUUUUGUCCGAGCAACCUAGGACACAGCAGUAACGCUGCCAUCCGAGACUCAGUAUCCUUGAGGUACUUUCAGGCCGGGUCCAAAUGACGCCGGCCGUCCCAUAAACAAGGCGAGCUUGUCGGCCUGGUGCUCUUGGGGAUUGAUGCGUACACGACGUCUGUAGUCUAGGGUUGGACGAACUUCGGUGGGUUUACAGAGGCGGGGGGAGGGGCGGCAAGACAACGGUUCGACGAUGCUCGUGUAUUUUUG